AUGCUUUCUUCUCCCUUUCUUUGGCCUGACCCAUUCUUUCUUUCUUUCUUUCUUUCUUUCUUUCUUUCUUUCUUUCACAAGUGCCUCUCUUUCCCUUGUUUUUCCUGCACCAUAUGCUUUCUUCUCCCUUUCUUUGGCCUGACCCAUUCUUUCUUUCUUCUUUCUUUCUUUCUUUCUUUCUUUCUUUCUUUCACAAGUGCCUCUCUUUCUCUUGUUUUUCCUGCACCAUAUGCUUUCUUCUCCUUUUCUUUUGCCUGCCCCAUUCUUUCUUUCUUUCAUUCUUUCUUUCUUUUCUUUCUUUCUUUCUUUCUUUUCUUUCUAAGUGCCUCUCUUUCCCUUGUUUUUUUCCUGCACCAUAUACUUUCUUCUCCUUUUCUUUUGCCAGCCCCAUUCUUUUUCUUUCUUUCUUUUUUCUUUCUUUCUUUCUUUCUAGAGUGCCUCUCUUUCCCUUGUUUUUCCUGCACCAUAUCUUUCUUCUCCUUUUCUUUUUUGCCUGCCUCAUUCUUUCUUUCUUUUCUUUCUUUUCUUUCUUUCUUUCUUUCUAAAGUGCCUCUCUUUCCCUUGUUUUUUUCCUGCACCAUAUACUUUCUUCUCCCUUUUCUUUUGCCUGCCUCAUUCUUUCUUUCUUUCUUUCUUUCUUUCUUUCUUUCUUUCUAA